AUGGCCUCUUAUGUAUCUCCGUCUUGGUUCAUGCUCUCAUCCACCGACGCCAAACGCAAUCCCUUCUUCUUUGUCCCUAGCUGCUUUAAAUUCAAUGCUCCCAUCGCUUCACAAAUCCAAUGGCAUUCAGAUUCAUAUUCCCGCAGAAACCUCCGUCCAACCCCCGAAAUCAAACGUCAUUGGGUCGAAGCUUCUGAUCAAUCUUUGGCGUCUCCGGAAAGAUUCAGCGUGGCCUCUUACAACAUACUGGGGGAUAGAAAUGCUUGUCAACACUCGGAUUUAUACGUAAACGUUCCUUCUCGUUACAUCAAAUGGGAUCGUCGAAAGAAGGUUAUUUCUGAUGAGCUUCUUGGAUGGGACCCUGAUAUUAUCUGCUUACAAGAGGUGGACAAGUAUUUGGAACUCUCAGACGUUAUGGUUAAAGCAGGAUAUGCUGGAUCUUAUCAGAGACGCACUGGGGAUUCAGUUGACGGUUGUGCCAUGUUUUGGAAAACUGAUAAGUUCCGGUUACUAGAAGGAGAGAACAUUCAAUUUAAGGACAUUGGUCUUCGUGAUAAUGUUGCCCAACUUUCAGUUUUUGAGAUGUGUGAAUCUUACUCAAGAAGACUGUUAGUUGGUAACAUCCAUGUACUUUACAACCCAAACAGGGGAGAAGUUAAAUUAGGACAAAUUCGUUUUCUCUCAUCAAGAGCACAGUACCUCUCAAAGAAAUGGGGUAAUACCCCUGUUGUGCUAGCUGGUGAUUUCAAUAGUACUCCUCAGAGUGGAAUAUACAAGUUUUUGUCAUCGUCUGAGAUUAAUGUAAAGCUGUAUGACAAAAAGGAAUUAUCUGGACAGAAACGUUGUCGUCCUGCACAAGUUUUAGGCGAGAGUAAAGAAACAGUUGGUCCAGUUGUCACCCUAGAUGGCUUGAUAAAAUACUGGACAGAUGAAGAGAUAAAAAUAGCAACUGGAGAUUCUCAGCGUCAUUUGGCUGUGCAUCCAUUGAAGCUGAAUAGUUCGUAUGCCACAGUUAAUGGUUCAACAAGUACACGGGGAUUUAAUGGUGAACCCUUGGCAACUUCCUAUCACUCAAAGUUUCUUGGCACUGUAGAUUACUUAUGGUACACGGACGGUAUUGUACCUACAAGAGUCCUUGAUACGGUUUCAAUAACUGAUCUCCUAAGGGCCGGUAGCCUCCCAUGCAAGAAAGUGGGAAGCGACCAUUUGGCCUUGGUUUCUGAAUUUUCAUUCUCAGUUACCAACAAUGAACCUACAGACAUAGUGGCGGCAGCAGCAGCAGCAGCACCAGCAGCUAUAGUAGAUAUUGAAGAGCCUAACAAUCAGCAGUCAUGA